AAUUACAAAGAAUUUUCACUAUAAUAAAAAAAUAAUUUACUGUAUUGUUAAAAUGACUGCUACAAAAUUUUUCUUGUCAAUUGUUGUAUUAGCAAUUAUUGCUUGUACAGUUUCUGGGCAAAGUCAUCAUUGGAGUCAAGGUCAAAAACAAAUUGGUGAUCGGCUUCUUACACGUCAAAUUGUACAAAAAUCAGCAGCAACCUUUGGUGGUAAAGUAACUAAAGAUAUUCGAUAUCCUCCCAAAGGUGAUGGUAAUGAAAUAAUUAAUUUUAUAAAUGCAACGGAUCAAUAUGUUAAUGGAGAAGGUGGAUUUGUUACAUUAUUGGAAGGUGGAGUUGGAACAAAAGCUGUAAAAUUACAUUUUAAAUCACAGAAAGGACAUGGUUUCAAUUUUAUUUUGGAUAUU